AUGUGGCGAGGCGGGUCACAGAGGGUCUCUGGCUCUCGAGUCUGGACAAUGUCUCGCGUUGACGCGAGGUGUUCUUGUCUCCGCCGCGAGCUUUCCGCAUGCCAGGGCGAUACUCAACUUGCCGACUGCAUUACCAACCAACAACACACAUCGGUGCAGAGCCCUUUGACCAUGGUUGGCAUUGCGGGCAAGUCCAAAGCCUGCCUUGACUGCAAAAGGCGCCGUGUCAAGGUAUCGCCCUUGUGCCUGCGAUGUGCCAAAGCCGGGAUCCAAUGUCGAGGCUACGAGAAGCCGAUAAUUUGGGUCAACCGCACCCCUGCACAGCGCGACAUCACCGCCCUCUCUGUCAUCACGCAUGCCCGUGUACCUCGAGGUGCAUGUGCAUCAAGAUGGCUUGACUUGCUUGAUCAAAUACGAUAUCAACUCUCUGGCGCCGCGUAUGACACAGCGCAAUUCAGGGCCCGCGCCCUGAUUCUUCUACAGGGCAUCUACUUACCCCAGCCGCACGUCAUGGAAGAUAGCGUCGACCCGACGCCCUUUUCGUGGCCCAAAGCAGUUUGCGGGAUGGCCGCGUCGAGCGAGGCGCUGGACCAUGCGCUGCUGGCCUUUUGCGCGAUACAGGUGCGCUUGUCAGGCGAGACUGGCAUCUCGAAUGACGAGACUGUGCAGUUGUACAACACCGCUCUUGGCAAGGUGAUCCGUGACGUGGGUCGGAACAAUGAUGAGACUUGUUUGUGUUCUCAACAGACCAAAGCUGGAGUGCACAUGCCCAAGGGAUAUCCGAGCUUCUGCGACACCGCGGCGUACCAGCGUUGCCGUCACCGAGCUGGAGAAGCCUGUGCGUGCGGCUUUGCGUGA